AUGGAUUUGACCAAAAAAUGGGAAGCAUGUGAAGUAGUAGUAUUCAGAGUUUUGGUGGUUGAUCAUGAUUCUACAAGCCUAAAAAUUGUGUGCAAAAUGCUGGAUUUGUGUAGAUAUGAAGUUGUUAUUGCUAAUUGUGCCAUUGAUGCAUUGAGGAUGGUAAGAGAAAGAGAGAAUGAAAUCCAUCUGGUUUUAACAGAACUCCAUUUGCCUGAUAUGGGUUCAUAUGAGUUUCUGGAGAAGCUUGUUAUGGACCAAAAGACAUUGAAGAAAUUGCCAAUUGUUAUUAUGUCGGAUGAUGAUAACGAAAUUGCAAAGCUGGGAUGCCUAUUCAAAGGAGCAAUGUUACAUCUUGUAAAACCACUCACCAUGAAAACUAUAAGAAAUCUAUGGCAAUUUGCAAUUAUCGAAGGAAUUAUUACACCACCACCACCCAAUAACGAUAAUAUUCUUCAUAAUCCUGUUUCUGUUCUUGUUCAACGACAACAACAGAAGAUGAUCAAAAUUACAAAACAACAACCUCAUCGUUCAAAAACAGGAAUGAAGAGGCCAAAGCUGAUAUGGACUCAACAAUUGCAUAAUACAUUCUUGCACACCAUUCAAGCAUUGGGACUUGAAAAAGCCCAUCCAAAGGAGAUACUUCAACAUAUGAAUGUCCCUGAACUAAGAAAAGAAAACAUUUCAAAUCAUCUGCAGAAGUUUCGUCUGUCAUUAAAACGAGAUGGAGAUGAAGAUGAAGAGAAUUAG